AUGUCGAACCUUACGAAAUUAGAGUUCACGGCUCUUAACAUCACUAGAAAGAAUUACCUUUCAUGGAUUCUAGAUGCUGAAAUUCAUCUUGCCGCUAAUGGUCUUGGAAAUACCAUGAAAGAUGAAAACACUGUGUCCAACCAAGAUAAGGUCAAAACAAUGAUUUUCCUUCAUCAUCAUAUUCACGAAGGUUUAAAAAUUGAGUAUCUUACUGUGAAAGAUCUAUUGGUCCUACGGAACAAUUUGAAUGAAAGGUAUGAUCAUUUAAAAACUAUCAUUCUUCCAAAAGCUCAAUUUGAAUGGCUGCAUUUGUGCGUACAAGACUUUAAAUCGGUGAGUGAAUAUAAUUCUGCUUUAUAUCAGAUUACUUCUCAACUUAAACUAUGUGGAGAAACUAUUACUGACGGAGACAUGUUAGAGAAAACAUUCUCCACAUUUCAUGCAUCGAAUGUGCUCCUACAACAAAAUAAUUGUGCAAAAGGUUUUGAGAAAUAUUCAGAAUUAAUAUCAUGUCUAUUAUUGGUCGAACAAAAUAAUGAGCUUUUGAUGAAAAAUUAUGAGGCCCGUCCAACUGAAUCGAACUCAUUCCCUGAAGUGAAUGUGGCAUCAUAUAAUUAUAGAGGACGACAUUGUAGUCGUGGUCGUGGUCAUUUUUCAGGUCGUGCCCGCGGAAAUGGUCAUGGACGUGGUGGUGGUCAACACAAUAUCCACAACGAUGAUAAAAAUGAUCAAAUUAAUAAGACUGUGGAAAACAAAUGCUAUUGUUGCGGCAUAAAAGGUCAUUGGUCACAAACUUGUCGCACGCUGAAGCAUUUUAUCAAUCUUUAUCAAGCAUCGCUAAAAGAAAAAGGGACCAUCGAGUCCAACUCGACUUCGGCUCCCGGUGAUGAUAAAAUAGAUUUGGACUCGAUGACUUCUCCGGGUUUGACGUAG